GUCCGGUCUGUCUCUACGACAACAGGACGUAAACAGAUGGGGUAUCACUGUCACCACUGAAGCCAUUCGAGUGCCACUUACAGUGCCAAGAUGAAAAUCUGAUCACUUAUUGAAGCAAGAUUGACAUCCUUCACUAUGCCCACCAGGAAAUCAAGAUCCCACAGUUCUAAGUCUGCCAAGAAGACUAUGAGCCCAAAGAUAUCUAAAAAGAGGUCUUCAUGCAGUGCCAAAGUCACCACAACAGAGGUGGACAUCCUCAGCCCAGCAGCCAUGGAGAACAUCUACUACAUUGCUCACAAUGCAGCAGACUGCCUGGAGUUCAGAGGAUUUGGAUGGCCAAAUUCAAAGAACAAAAAGAAGAAGGGGACAAAACGAAAGAAGAAAAAAUGAAUCAUAAAUUUUGCCAAAGAGAAUUUUAACUGCCUUCUAAUGGUGACACCUACUGGA